UUGCUCUUCAGGAAAAUGACGGGCAUAGAGUAUAUGCUUAGUGAAGUCAUGGAACCGCACCUUUUUUGUUAUUCGCAAGCAAAGAGAGAUGGCCCUGAGAAAGUUACGCCGAUGCUAGCUUAUUACAUCUUGGAUGGUUCAAUAUACCAAGCACCACAGCUAUGCAAUGUUUUUGCUGCUCGAAUUGGAAGGGCACUAUAUCAUAUACAGAAGGCUUUUAGUACAGCUGCAUCGAAAUUGGAGAAGAUAGGAUAUGUUGAUUCUGAAAAUGAGCCUGCAGUGCCAGAAGCGAAGGCUGAUAAAGAGACAAUUAACAUAAAGGAAGUUAUGCGGGUGGAUCACAUUCUUGCAUCCCUACAGCGUAAGCUGCCUCCAGCUCCACCUCCGCCACCAUUUCCUGAAGGCUACACUCCGCCUCCAACUGGGGAAACUGAGAAAGCACCGGAAGGUCAAGAAGCAGGAGAGUCUCAAGCUCCUCUUAUUGAUCCUAUAAUUGAUCAAGGACCUGCAAAGAGGAUCAAAGUUUGAUAUAAAAGAGAGAAACUGCAAUUACUAUGGAGAUUUUCCCGCUAAGAAAAGGCCGUUGUUAUUAACCGGUGGCCUGUGGUCUCCCUUGCUAGAACACGAUGAGCUUCAUGCAGCCCUCUCUUUUUUUUUUUUUUUGGGGGGGGGGGUUGUUGUAACUCAUGUUAGAUAACAGAUGAUGUUCUGGUCCGGUGUGGAUAUUAUCAGCUAGGCUCACUGUAAUUUGAUAAUAUACUUCGGCAUCUGAAAGUGCAUAAUUGAUAGUAUAACCAGAAUCAAUCUUGAGUUCUGGAUAAAGUGUCAAACCAAUCAUGAAAGACCAAGUUUGUAAAAAUUAUAUCAUUUUCAUGGAAAAAUGGUCGCCUUAGCAUUUUGACAUUUGGAA